UAAUCUAGUCAAUGUCGAAUCUUCCACAGCAGAUGUUCCACUUACAUAGUUAACUAUACAAGACUUACUUUAUUUACAAAUAAUUACAAAAAUUAACAAAUAUUUACACUUAAAUAAAUUAUAUACCGCAUACUUACACUUGUCUCUUGACAAAAACAAACAACAACACUCUUAAAUAAUAAAACAAAGUAUUUUUAAUGAGUGAUCCACUUCUAUUCGACAUAAAAAAUCAUAACAAUAAUAAUAAUAAUUAUAUUAUAUAUUAUUGACUUAACAUUUAAGUGUAAUUGGAUUUUAACCCCAAGGGCGCAUUAUUUGAUUUUAAAAUUAGUGACCUUAUAGGGAAGAAUUUAAGGAUCGAAUUUUUCGACGGAACCACAAAUGCUAGAGACGGAAAAGAAGAACAGGAAAAAUCAGGACACGGGCUGAUUGCCAGGAUUUUAUUUUACCGAAAAUGGAUUGGCUAUCUUUGAGGUAGCCGAAUCCUGACGCUGUUAAUUUAUUUAAAACAAGAAAGAAGAUAAGAGCUGGUCUCUACUCGUAAAUGUUCGAACUAGUCAAAAAUGUAAAUAAUUCUGGUUUCGGGUUUUGUGGUAUUACUUCAUUGGAAUUUUAAUAGGAGCCACUGGUAGGUUUUAUCAGGAGCAGGAUGGGUUGCGGUCAGAGUAGGAUUGGCAAUAUUUAUUCUAAGAAUAAGAAGAACAAGAGUAAUGCUUCCAAGAAAAAUGAUUUUCGCUCUGCGACAAUUGAUCAAAAAAACAGCACUAAGAGCAAUAAGACUAAUAAUAACAACGGAGAGGUUAAUCGGAACGAGGAUAAUGCCGGAGACUGCAAAAAUGCUAAAAAAAAGAACGGACCUGGCGGGCCACUUCUGCAUCAAGCUGAAGUGUCUUCAAGCCAGCUGGAUUUUUUCCGAAUGCUGGAUGAAAAAAUUGAAAAUGGUCCAGACUACGACGAAACUUCAGACGGAACAGUGAAAGCCGAGCGAAUUUCGGAGCUGCUUCGCCGCUGGGAGACGGCCAGUAUUACGUGGUCGAGUGUAACAGACCUGACGUCACCCAGCAUGGGAAACUUCACCUUGACGAGUGCGCCUGUCCUGGGAAUUGGCAGUGAGACGCGUCACGCGGCCAUUUUGUCGGCUCGCGACCGCGAAGGAAUGCGUAACAUAAUUGGCGGGCGGCCCGAAUCCGCCCCGGUUUACAUCGCGAAUCGCCUGGACGGACUCCCCUCCACAAUUCCCCCCUCUCCGCAGCUUUCUCGGCACGUCCUGGAGUCGAUAAGCCAGAGCCCAACUCAGUCGGCAAAAGUCGAGCCGGUAAAAUCUCCGCCGGUAAAUCACCGAGCGUCGUUCUCCGCCGAAGAAGGAAUCGAGGAGGUCAAGCUCUACCGCGAGCAGUAUCUCCAGCGAACUGGGAUUAUUUAUCAGAAUAAUAAUAAUAAUAACAAUAACAAUCACAAUAUCCUGAGGAACAAUCAGAUUAAUUUGACUCCGACGCGCAAGCGCCUCAAUGCUGCCCAAAUCACGUGACCUACUUUGUUCUUCGACCAUUUUGAGAUUAAUAGACUGAUGAUUUUCUUCGCUGGAGGUUAAAUCCCCGAGUCAGGGUCUAAGGGGUAUUUUUUUAUUUUCGGAUGAGAAACUAUUUUUAUUUUAAAAAUGGUUUUAUGGUCUGCACUGAUUUUAGAGAAAAAUUUGUA